UUAGAAUGCGUUGGAGACAUUUCAUUGCAGGAGCUGUUCAUCCUCUUCCCUCGUUUGGAACCUUGCCAUCUAAUGAUGCCUGCCUCUCUCGUCAACAAAGCUUGUGUCAGCGAAAGGUUCUGCUUCCGAAGGCACCCUUCCAAGGGUUAAACAAUGGCGAAUGAGACAGCAGUAACAGUGACGCCAUCCGCUUCGGAAGAUGGCCGGCAAGUUGCACCCGUGAAGCCAGGAAUCGCGCAGCGUAAUGCUCGGGUGCGUCGGUGUCUUCUCUCCUGCUGUGUUCCUCUCUCUAAAGACAUCAGCUCGACUUUUGUUUAUUGGUGUGGCGUGAUGUGCUGAACGUGAGAUGGAUCGGUUCUCUCAAAUCCUGUGACCGGAAAUGGAUUCCAAUUGCAAAUCAUUUAAAGCCGAGAGCCAGAUUCAUCACAUGUGUUUCUCCAGUCUUGGCUUUCCCGUGACCCUCUCCCACUUCUCUUGAAAGACUCUUUGUCCAUUUCCCACCCUCCCCUACUUUUUAAGCUGCUAUGCUACGUGCUCUGCAUCGUCCCCAUGAUCGGCCUGCUCGUUCCAGGAACUGCGGCACUCGUUUGAGUCAUGGGGAGCGGUGGAUACGGGAAUUCUUUUCUGAGGCAACCGAGCGGUGGCGGUGAGGGAUGGAGCUCCAAGUCGGCGAGGGGGUCGAGGAGGUGGGGGAGGAAGAGCCGGAGGGAGAGGGAGGAGGCCCCGAGCUGGUGGGGGGAGACCGGCGGUGGGAUGGUGGCCAAGAAGAGAGUGCUUGUGGUGAUCGACCACAGCGCGAGGGCCAAGCAUGCCAUGAUGUGGGCGUUGACCCAUGUGGCUAACAAGGGCGACCUCCUAACCCUUCUCCAUGUUGUUCCUCCCGAUCCCCACCAACACCACCACCACCACCACCACCACCACCACAGGGGUGGAGGAGAGGAUGAUGUUCCCAACCUCGCAAAAUCUCUUGGCACCCUGUGCAAGGCCUGCAAGUCCGAGGUGGAGGUGGAAGCACUGGUCAUUCAGGGACCCAAGCUGGCAACUGUGCUCAGCCAAGUGAGGAAGCUGGAGGCUUCCGUUCUGGUGUUGGGUCAAUGCAAGCCGUCUCCACUCUCUUGCCUGUUGCGGAGCAGCAGCGAGGAGUUUGUGGAGCAGUGCAUCAGCAACGCCGAUUGCCUGACGCUUGCAGUGCGGAAGCAGAGGAGAGGAGUGGGUGGCUACUUGAUCAGCACUCGGUGGCAGAAGAACUUCUGGCUCUUGGCCUAAGAAACAACUCUCUCUCUCUCUCUCUCUCUCUCUCUCUCUCAUCUGCUAGCUGGUAAUGAUCCCUGCUCAUGUAAAUGAAAGGCCCUCAUCUCACCUCAUCCAACAUCUGCUACUGUUGAAUGCCCUUCUUUUCCUACUUUUUCAUUCUUGUUAAAUUGGUGCUCAUUUGUAAUCUCAACAAUCGACUCAACCUUAAGAACAUCAUUCCCUUCUCAAAUAUUAGAAUCAACCUUAAGAAUC